AUGGUCAGCUCUGGUGAGGAGAGAGCGGCGGCCGGGAAGGGUGGACCGAGUGAUGAUGUGGAUGCGAGUGAUUCGGAUGCUGAUGCCGCUGAAGAGAUCCUAGAAGAGUCGCCGGAUAAACGAUGGUCGAAACGGAGAGAACAAGUGAAACAGAGAGAUGUACCCGGUAUAGAUGUCGCCUAUCUCGCUAUGGAUAAUGAAACUGGUAAUGAAGUGGUGUGGAACGAAGUGCAAUUCUCGGAGCGAAAAAAUUUUCGCGCUCAAGAGGAGAAAAUCAACGCGGUGUUCGACAAUCUGACGCAGUUAGUGCACACGAAUUUAGUCAAAUUUCACAAAUAUUGGACCGACUCGAAGUCGGAAAAGCCCAGGAUAAUAUUCAUCACAGAAUACAUGUCGUCCGGCUCGAUGUCGGCGUUCCUCCAACGAACACGAAAAGCCGGCUCGCCGUUGAGUAUUAAGGCGUGGAAGAAGUGGACAACCCAAAUACUGUCUGCCCUCAACUAUCUCCACUCGUCGGAUCCUCCAAUAAUUCAUGGGAAUCUCACGUGUAAUACGGUAUUCAUUCAACAGAAUGGACUCAUUAAAAUUGGAUGUGUGGCACCCGACGCGAUCAAUCAUCACGUGAAGACAUGUCGAGAGAAUAUGAGAUAUAUGCACUACAUCGCACCGGAAUAUGAAAACAACACGGAGCUCACAUCGGCCGCCGACAUCUACUCGUUUGGGAUCUGUUCACUGGAAAUUGCGGUGAUCGGAGGACUAUCGGGAUGUCAAAACGGAAGUUCCGAGGGACCCGUCACGGAAGACGUCAUCGAAAAGGCGGUCCGAUCGUUGGAAGAUCCAAUGCAACAGGACUUUAUACGACAAUGUUUGAGGAAGGAUCCGGCCGAUAGACCGUCUGCUCGGGAGCUUUUAUUCCAUCAGAUUCUUUUUGAGGUCCACUCGCUGAAACUUCUAUCCGCCCACACGUUAGUCGACUCGAAAAAAUAUGAAGAUGUGCCGGAGAGCGCGUUCAGGAUAAAGGAUAAUGAGCAGAUCGCCGCCACAUCGAAACUCCGCGAGAUGGCCUAUUGUCAAGUGGCCGCGUUUCAAGUGGAUCUCGAGAAAUUCCUCGACGACGUCCGCAACGGAAUCUACCCGCUGACAGCGUUCGCGCCACUCGCGCACCAGCCAUCGACAACACUGCGGGCUUAUUCGAAUACGAAUCCGACGACACUGAUAACAAGUGAUCUACUAUCAUCGGCACCAUCAUCGACACAUCCAUCAGCCAACACGACGAUCACUGCGGAGACGUCGACGACGACGGCGGCGUCACUUCUGAAUCCGUCUUCUGGAGUCAAUGUGAACGGGAGCGGAGCAGCGGUAUCCGGAGGACUAUCAUCGAAUCAGGCAUCGAUUGGAAAAUCAGCGACACCUGCAGAGCUCGCGGAGCACCAGAAAAGUGUGACAUCAUCGACGACGUCGACGGAUCACCAGAUUCCGAAUCAGACACUGACGUCGUCGUUAUCGUCUACGACGAAGCUUCAGAAUCCUGAAGAUGUGACGAGUGAGGGAACGAGUGGAGCAGGCGGAGCAGAAGUGGGCUCACCGACGCCCGAAGAGGACGGAGAGACCACCGUGACGACAACGAUGGAGAAUGAGAGAGAUAUGCGAUUGGAGAAUAGGCAUAUAUUGGAAAUAAAUGUGCAUAUUGAGAAUGAAGAAAUGUCAAUCGUACUGUUACUGGAAGAUCAAAUGCAUCGACAAUUGAACACGGCCGUCAACAAGAACGACAAUCCGGCGUCGUUGACCGAGAAUUUGAUUACACACGGUUUUAUGUGUCAGCUCGACUCGGAGGGUGUCGAACGAGCGAUCUCCGCCGCGUUCGAUAUACGUGCCGCCCGUGUGGCGGAGGGCUUGAUUCACGAUGAGGAGAAUGAUGCGUCGUUGAGAGAACCCAAUCCUCCCGACGACUCAUCAUCGGAACCACCACCACCAACAACUCCACAAGUCGUCGUGGAAAACGGCUCCGCCUCCUCCACUACUCCUGCAUCUACAGUACCACCUACAGUAACCCUGCUGAAAUCCUCGCCGUCCCCAUCCCCAUCGCCUACCGUAACCGCCGCCACGUCAUCAUCACCGUCGGCGCCGACGUCCGGAACGCAUUCAUCGAAUCACCAACAUCACUCCUAG